GAAUGCCAAAAUCUUUGUAUUGUAGGCAACACUAAAAAUAGCAAAUGGACCAUUAAAACUAACUGCUAGUCUGCCGUGAGUGGGUUUCUACAGGAAUGUCGUGCCUCAUUGGGUGUUAUUGACACUGUACAAUCGUCAGUGUUAGUUUGAAAAGUUGUUUGCCAGACGGCGAGUAGAUCGUGUGUGAUUGGUCAAGGUAUGUCACCAAGUGUACACAGCUGCAGUCAAGGAUAAAAUACCUCAACCGGCUUGGAGCACAACUCAGUCUGUUCACCAUGAAACCAACGUCAAAGCCGUCUCACUCAAAACUAGAAGAUUCCUUAAGAGAAACUUUGCGAUCUGCUACMAGUAUAGCACAUCGCCGAGUACUGGACGAUGCACAAAACRUUCCUAUGAGCGCCUACUACGAGAUGUUGAGGAAUAUGGUGCCUUGUAUCCCAACAGGACGACAACUCACUCGCGUUGAGAUCCUAGAGUACGUCAUUGAUUAUAUCCAAGACCUUCAGAACGCUCUUGAGUCGCAGUCAUCGUUACGGACUGUGUUGCCACCUACAAACAACCGAUCCACAAGACGACCUCUUACUUCAAUUUCUCUAAAUAAAACWCUGGAUAAGGCUUGACUUGGUAUCCUGGUUUUCAUCUAUUGACGACAAGGAAUCAAGAUUUAGAGAAACCUGCCGCAGCUUGAAUACAUCUAUCAUGACAUUGGACGGUUUUGUUGGUGGAAUUGACUCAGUAUAUAAUGGAAUAUUUAUUCCAUUUUUAAAUCCCAUUUCAGUUUUUCACUGACUUGGCACCAUGUAGUGCGCUACGUUAUAGGAGCACAGUAUCUCCUGAUAUAUCAUUAGCUGGUACAUUUGGGAAUGUUAUCAUCGUAUUUGCUAGCACACAUAGAGAAUAGAUCAGUUAUGAUUAGCGGAAUCGUCAAACAAUACCCCCAUGGAUCGGACCAGAAAUAAUGGGACGCGAUAGAUUAAUUACCCAACUAAAUGUAAAUACCAUUCGACUAUCUAUUUGAAAUACCAUUCUAUUCUCAUCUUUUUUUGACAUAAAAUAUUUUGUCUGUUAUUUGUCAAAACGCUGAAGUUUCGUUAUUGACUUAAAAAAUAGCCACGAAAAGCAUGUUAUUUCAUGUCCCGUUCAAUCCAUCUUCAACCAAGUGGCUUCUGUUAAAGCACUUCGCUAAGACACCCUAUUGCUCGCUUAAAGAGUUAAACAGAUUGGUGAGACAGUGGACCGCUCUGUUUAAAUAUUCAGUCAUUUCGCGCAUCCAAGAUGGCUUUAACAGACUUUCUAAUCAGUAGAGACGGUGUUCCAAGCCUGCUAGUGUCCAGUCCUUCAUCUCUGUAUUACUAUUUUUCCAUGUGCGGUCUGUUUCCUAAUUAAACUCCAAGUCUGCUUUAA